GACACUGGGUGGAUCUCUGAAGUCAUAAGAACAAGAGAAAAAAGUCUUUUAAUUGACAUGGACUUGGCAGGAGAACUGUGGAGUGGGCUCCACCCUGUUCGUUUCUUGCUUGAAGCUUCUUGAUUUCUCCACUCUUGAUCUGCCUCAUGACAGGAUGACUUGCUGCAGCRUUUUACUGUUUAUGGCUGAAAGAAUGCAGAUAAAUUAAUUUAUCAAGGCAAAGAAGGAGAAUACGCAAUUUUUCCUUCUCAUCAGAUACUUCAGCUGCCGGAAGCAUUGGGAAUCUGGAAUUCUUUUAUCUUGGGACUGAGGCCCAUCCUGCUUUUGAAUUAUUUUUUCUGCACCAGCUCUACUGAAUCUGGACUGUGCAGAAGCCUUGAAAGCAGACUCUGCGCUGGUCUUGUUUUGCAUCAUAUAGAUCUAAGUACAAGGUGGUGUCCGCCUCACUGACCGCCCAUGUCCUAUUACCAGGAGGACUUCUUCAAAGAAUACCUCAAAAUGAUGACGAAUAUCGUCAUCCUGAGCUUGCUCAUAUGCAUUUCUCUGGCCUUCUGGAUCGUGUCCAUGACGGCGAGCACGUAUUACGGCACUUUGCGACCCAUUUCUCCCUGGCGUUGGCUUUUCUCAGUCUUGGUUCCACUGGUGAUUGCUACACAGGGUUUUAAGAAGAAGAGUCUUGAUCACAGCGGUGCUUUGGGAGGGUUGGUGGUUGGAUUUGUCCUUACAGUUGCAAAUUACAGUUUCUUCACUUCUUUGUUUGUAUUUUUUGUUACUUCUUCAAAACUUACCAAAUGGAAAAAAGAUAUGAAGAAGAAAAUAGAUGCAGAAUACAAAGAAGGUGGACAGAGGAAUUGGGUGCAAGUGUUCUGUAACGGCGGUGUUGCCACCGAGCUGGCCAUCCUCUAUAUGAUAGAAAAUGGCCCAGGAGAAAUUGCCAUAGACUUUUCCAAACAAUACACGGCAUCGUGGAUGUGCUUAUCCCUUUUGGGAGCGCUGGCAUGUUCUGCUGGUGACACGUGGGCUUCAGAGAUUGGUAGUGUAAUGAGCAAAAGCCAGCCAAGGUUGAUAACAACCUGGGAAAAGGUUCCAGUAGGUACCAACGGAGGAAUUACUCUGGUGGGCUUGCUCUCCAGCCUGCUUGGUGGCACGGCRGUGGGUGCCACCUACUUCCUCACGCAGGUCGUUUUUGUGAGUGACCUGGAUGCAUCCGCYCCGCAAUGGCCCGUGGUUGUGUUCGGGGCAGCCGCCGGCCUGCUGGGCUCGCUGGUGGACUCCUACCUGGGAGCAACGAUGCAGUACAGCGGUUUUGACAAGAAUCUUGGCAUGGUUGUCAACCACCAAACAAAAGACUCGAGGCACAUCUCUGGAAAACCUAUAUUGGACAACAACGCAGUGAAUCUGUUUUCUUCCGUGAUCAUUGCCUUGGUGCUGCCAGGUGUGGCAUGGGGCUUCUGGCCCAGAGGUUGAAAAGGCUGCGAGUUUUUCUGCAUGGGAUUCGUUGCUGCUUGGCCCUGCUCGGAGCCUCUCUGGGGGCUCUGGAGGAGAGGGCUCUGCAACACCAGAGCCAAAGGAUCUCCCCUUAGGCUGGGCUCUCUCACCUUAGGCUGGGAGUUUCCUGGGGCACUUGCCAUCAGGGAGGGCCAGAAAGGGGUUUUGUCAAGAGGCGCUUGCAGCUCUUCGAGUGGSUGUCGAUCACUGCCAAGCGAGACACAGCACUUAUCCUCAUGGAGCUCCCCUCAGCUCUCCUGGUUUCUGCAGUCCACACAAUGUGAAAGAGCAAGAAACUGGAAACAGAAGGUUCAUCUACAGCUACCAGCAUGGGGAAAUAUUGCGGCUGCUGCCUGAGCCUGGCGCGCAGCGCUCCUCAACUUCAGCUUGGCAGUGGUGACACGGGUGAAAUCAAUGAAUUCUGCGUUACUCUUUCCCAUGAUCCCCUAUAGGAUGUAAGAUUUUGUGGGAAUAGUUUGAAAUUUUAAAACAGGUAAAAAAUUUAUUUGAAGCCUAAGACUAAAUUUAAAAAUAUAACAUUUUUUUUUCCAGUAAGAAGAAUAAAUAUAUUUUUUGUUUUAUUCAAACCUUUGAAUUCUUUAUUUCCAAACUCAAAACAUAAAGAUUGUUAGCACUGUUGUAAUGUGGUACUUAUUAAAUUGUCUAAAAUUAAAUAUAACAGUUUAUUAAUAAUGAUUUUAGGAAUAAGAACGUUGUUGCUGUGUUGCUUGGCAUGCUGACCAAACCACUCGCUGUGGGAUCUCUCUCAGGGUUCUUUCUCUUUGGGUUGGGGCUGCUUUGCAGAGGUGACACCCUCUGCAGCUGCUUUGGUUGAGACUGUCGUUGUUGUGAAGGGGGAGAGUCUCAUGUACAAAGCAUUUCAAAAUGGGAAUUCAGCUUUUACUGCUCGGACUGCUAUAUCAGAAUAGUUCAUCUUUCACCAUUCAUUAUAAAACAUACAGAAGUGACUCAGCACAGAUUUUACUGAAAAACUAAUGAAUACCCUCUUAAUAACCUCUCACUGGAUGCACUUGGAACGUAGAACCUGUACAGUUAACUUAGAAAAAAACUCUUUUUUCUAUCUUUUCAUCAAUGACUAUUUUACAUUAAACAUCAGAUUUUUUUACAAAUGCACUAUGGGUUAUGUACAUGCACCUUUUGUGAGAACACCAUAAAUACACUUUCCAUUUUGAGCUUACUUGAUUGAAAUCUGUCCUGCAUAAAUCUGGAGUUUAGCACUGGAAUUUCUAGACUGUAAUAUCCAGUUAUAUAUAAGAUUUCCAACUAGUGAAAGCUUCCUGAAAAGAACAACUUUGUGGCUGCUGUACUUCACUGUUCAAGGUGCAAAAGUAUAAAAGGAAAAUGUGCACUUUAAACAAAAGAAGUUUUUAUGCAUUAGUUGGAUUUUUGCUGCUCCUAAAUAAACACUGUUAAAUCUUUUAAAAGAUUUUAUUAAUACUGUUUGGAUU